GCGCCCCCCGCCCCUCCCGGUUCUGUCGGUUGAGGCGAGCCGAGAGUAAAUAGAAGCAGGAGCCCAAAAUGGCGGAGCCGCCGAGUCCUGUUCGUGGCGCGGCGUCGCCCGAACAGGAGUCGUUCGGCGCCAGGCCGGCCCCGGACGCGAAGGUUUCCCGUGGGUCCCAGCCAGCCGCCAAGAAGAUGAAGGGAGCCGAUGAGAGGAGCCUGAAGGGCGCGAAGCGCGUCAACGGUGAAGGAGGUGGUGGUGGCGGCGGCGGCAACGGUGGGAGCGGCAAGCAGUCGCUGCCGCUGCCAGCGGUCGUGCCGAGCUACAGCAACCCCGCGGCGUGGGGCUUCCCCGCGCUCCCUCCCGGCCCUUCCGGGAGCGCGGGGGGCUUCGCUUUCCCUUCUCAGCUGCCCCGGAAGCUGCUGUCGCCCGCCGUUUUGCUGCCGUCGUCCGCCUCUCCCUCCUGUUCGUACCAGCAGCACCAGCACCGCCACCACCGGCACCGCCUGGCUCUGGCCGUCGAGGCGGGAGGCUGCGGUAGCGGCGGGGCGGCCGGCGCUGGCGGCGGGAGCGCCAAGCCGAAGAGGCCCAAGGAAAAGCGGGACAAGGAGAGGAGGAAGCACGGGGCCCUGCCCGUGGUCGCGGCGGUGGGAAAUGGCGGCGGGGGCCUGAGUGCGGCUGGCCGGGAGGAGAACGGAGAGGUGAAGCUGCUGUUGCCGAAAGCUCAAAUCAAAGACAAAAUUAAAGAAAGGGAAAAGAAGCAAAAAGAGAAGAAGAAGCACAAAAUAAUGAAUGAAAUCAAGAAAGAAAAUGGAGAGGUCAAAUUAUUGCAGAAAGGUGGGAAGGAGAAACCAAAAACCAAUGCAGAAGAGCUACAGAUUAAAAAAGUUAAGAAGAAAAAGAAAAAGAAACAUAAAGAGAAUGAGAAGAGGAAGCGUCCAAAAAUGUACAGCAAAUCCAUUCAGACCAUCUGCUCAGGAUUGGUUUCCGAUAUUGAGGAUCAGGAAGCCAAAGGCAUCAUAGAUGAUCAUCUUAAGGAUUUCAAUGGGAAAAAUAUGGAUCCCAAGAAGGACUGUGAGUCCAAGAUACCAGAGAACAGUGAGUUUCCAUUUGUCUCGUUAAAGGAGCCACGGGUUCAAAAUAAACUCAAAAGGUUGGACACAUUGGAGUUCAAACAGCUGAUUCAUAUUGAGCACCAGCCUAACGGAGGUGCAUCAGUUAUCCAUGCCUACAGUAAUGAACUCUCCCACUUAUCUCCUGUGGAGAUGGAGAGAUUUGCAGAAGAGUUUGUGGGUCUGGUUUUUAGUGAAAAUGAAAACUGUGCAGCUUACUAUGUAAUGGGUAUUGUUCAUGGGGCAGCUACUUAUUUACCUGACUUUUUAGACUACUUUUCGUUUAAUUUUCCCAAUUCACCAGUGAAAAUGGAGAUUUUGGGAAAGAAAGAUAUAGAGACAACGACUAUGUCAAAUUUUCAUGCUCAGGUAAAAAGAACAUACUCUCAUGGUACGUAUAGAGCUGGCCCAAUGAGACAGAUCAGCCUGGUUGGAGCAGUUGAUGAGGAAGUGGGAGAUUACUUCCCUGAAUUCCUUGAUAUGUUGGAAGAAUCACCCUUCUUAAAAUGUACACUGCCAUGGGGAACACUUUCUAGUUUAAAAUUAGAGAGUCGUAAAGACAGUGAUGAUGGUCCCAUUAUGUGGGUACGUCCAGGAGAACAGAUGAUCCCUGUGGCUGACAUGCCAAAGUCACCUUUCAAAAGGAAGAGAACUACCAAUGAAAUAAAAAACUUGCAGUACCUACCUCGAACCAGUGAACCCCGUGAAAUGCUAUUUGAAGACCGGACACGAGCCCAUGCAGAUCACAUAGGACAAGGUUUUGAACGGCAGACUACAGCUGCUGUGGGAGUAUUGAAGGCUGUGCACUGUGGAGAGUGGUCUGAGCAGCCUCGUAUAACCAAAGAUGUAAUUUGUUUUCAUGCUGAAGACUUCUUAGAGGUAGUUCAGCGAAUGCAAUUAGAUUUGCAUGAGCCUCCACUCUCACAGUGUGUCCAGUGGGUUGAUGAUGCAAAACUUAAUCAACUGCGAAGGGAAGGCAUUCGAUAUGCCAGAAUUCAGUUAUUCGAUAAUGACAUUUAUUUUAUCCCAAGGAAUGUUGUGCACCAGUUCAAAACAGUUUCAGCUGUGUGCAGUUUGGCUUGGCACAUCCGGCUCAAGCUGUAUCAUUCAGAGGAAGAACUUUCUCAAAAUACAAGUACUGUUGAAGCAGGUACCUCUGCAGACCCCAAGUCUUCGGUUAUUGGACUUCAGACUGACAGCAGAAUUUGUACAAUGAGCAAAAAUACCUCCGAAGACACCAAAUUUUCAGAUGCUCUGCAGAUGAAGUAUCUGCAGCAGGAAUUUAUGCCGAUAAAACAUGAACCUAUUGCAUCUCACCGAAUAAAAGAAGAACCCAUGAAUGUUGAUCUUGCUGAAAAGACAGUGGCACCUAAUGACGUUGGGGGCCAGAAUGUUCAGACUAGGUUGGAUCACGUUGAAUUGACGGCAUUUAAGUUGGAGAUGGAUUCUAAAUUUGAACCUGGCAACAAGGACUUACAAGGCAAGUUAUGCCCUGGAAGUCACAUACAUCCAGAUGAUACCAGACAACAUAGUUCAUCAUAUCCAAAACUGCAUGGACAAAGAGAGGAUGAUUUUUUGUGCUAAAUUUGUAUAUAUGGUUUUAAAUUCCUUUUUAAACUUAAUGAUGUAAUAAUGUAAAGAUUCAUAAAUUCUGUGAGGCAAGUUUGUGACUUGCCUUCGCAUCUGUUACAGAAGAUAGUUAUGUAGCUUUGUAACAUUCCUCAGUGCCUGUCCAUAACUGUGAAGUAUCAAAGCACUUAGGGCCAGAUGCACUGUAAACACUGCAGGUUUAACAUAAAGAAGUCUUUAAAUAAUUUUGAGUUGUAGGUUUUAGAGUAGAGCUGACAUUUAACAUAUAUAUUUUUUGUAAGAUGAGCCAGAAUUCUUUUUGACAAUUCCAGGCUUUUCCAUAGAGCUUAUUUAUACCAAUUUUUUCAUUUUAAAUGUGUCAGCACUGUAGUGUAAAUAUCUUUUUUAAAAAAAUCUUUUUAGUGUGAUUUAUACUGAAAUGUGAGCCGCUUAAUAAAGGUUCAUAAUAACAGAUUGGUUUUAUUUUUGGGUCUGCAAAAAAUAAUUCAGUUAAACUGCCUCUCUAAAUGGUUAUGUUUCUACCUGCACUAAUGCAUAGGAUACCCUUACGCCAUUGUGGGGUGAGCAGCUGUAGCGAGCUGAGGCUUUCUUUGUAAAUGGAGAUUAGUCAGAAUGUAAAAUCAGUCCUCCCUUCACAAGAUUCCUUACAGUUGCUCAUUAAAGGCACUCCGCAGACUCCUGCUGUCAGAUGUUAAUAUGGAACAGAGAGGCAAACCUGCCGCUGUUGUGGAGGACAGUUGGACACCCCCUGGGCUCCAGGAGCGUGAUCAGUAACUGUGUGCAUCUCUCUAGAUGAGCUGGUGCAAGGGAGCAAACUCCCUUCUACCUUUGCCUCUUCCCCUGCUCAAGCCACAGUUAAGGCAGUUCUAUUUCACGUUAAAACCCCCCCCCCAAAUUAAGUCAGUUAAUCUGACUAAAAUUAAAACAAAGAAUAUUUAAAUGGUAACUUAUCCACCUAUAAAGGCCUCAACUUUAGUAGUGACCUGUAAUUGACAGAGACGCAUUUGGAUUUGAAUUGCUCCCUAUGCCGAUAGCGCCAGGCAAUAAAAAUGCUUGCCAGUGUGUCUAGUAGGAAGAUUCCUCAUGAGUCCCAGUUUGGAAGCAAGAGUUAUUUCAUUAAGAAAAUAAUAGUGGUGUCCAAGUUAACUGUUCGCCUCUCUCCCCACCUAUGGAAUGCUUGAAUUCUCUUAAGCCAUGUUCUGAGGGAAGAGGAUUUCAAGGCUAGCUACCAUCUGAUGUGGUAAUGGCAAAAACUGUCACUGAACCUACUUAAUUCUUUGUGUAACAUAUUACUGUAUAGUUCAAACACAUCUGAAUGAUAUUUCUUUUUCAGGUAGCUACAAAUAGCAGUAAACUGCCCUACAGCCUGUCCUCCAACUAAGUAUUUAAAACGUAAGAUCCUAGGCCUGUUGUUAUUUCCAAAGGCCUCUGUAUCUGUUUUUUUUUUCCUUUGUAUUUUUUCCCUAUAACUUUCUGAAAGUUGUACAUCCUUAUGUACCUACUUUAUAACCUUUGCACUUAGUGAUCACUUUGGCUUCAUUUGUAGCAACAGAACAAUGUGAUUUCCAGGUGAUGUCUAAUUCAACUACCUGAGGCCCUUUUGUUGCAAAUGUUUUUUGCUUAUAGGUUGUUAAAAUUCAAAAUGUUACUGCGUACUUACUCUGGCACUAAAAUCAGCCAUUUAAUGGAUGAGUGCCCUGAUUUCUUUAAGUCUAAAAUAGGUCUGUCAAAGAAUUAUUAAUUAAAUCAAUAUUUGAAUUAUUGAAUAUUAUUCCUACAUAGCCAUAAUUACGUAUUAGAGAAGCAAUAGAAGCGUGAAUCUCUUGGAUGUGGCUAAUAUAUCCUUAAGUCUUACUGCUGUUUUCUUUAAUGCUGGCUAAGAGAUUACUACCAGUUUUGCAGCCUCAGGGAUCUUGCUUUCCCCUCAUGCCAUGAGCAAAUGAUUUAUGUGUGACAUGGUAAGUUAUUAAUCUAGAAGAUUCUGAUUUGACAAAUUAAUUGGUUCAUGUAAGAGUUUGAGCCUUCCUGAUAGUAGAAAUGUGGUCUCAGCUCCUGUUGUGUUUUCUGGAUUAUCUGGAAACUUCCACCCAUAAUCUCUUUGGCUUUAUGAACAUCUAUACACAAUUAUGUAGCCUUCCAUUCCUGUUCUCUGUGCCAGCCGUUGGAGAACAGUAAAAGAGAAGAGCUGCCAGUUGUAGUUUGCACAAAUCGUGCAGCUUUCCACCUGGGUUAGCAGAAGGCUCCAGCUUUAUCAAUACCAUCCUUGCCAGAUACUGCUCUUUUAAAACAAAAACACCCCCCCCCCCCCAACAAAAAAACCCAAACCAUAAAACAACCCAACUGUUUAGUUUAAUUAAAAAAAACCAAACCUUGUUUGUAUGCGGGUGAUCCAUAUGCUGAUCAUUCAUUCUGGUUCAAGUUUGUUUGGGUUUUUUUCUUUAAUCUGCCAGAUUUUACUAAAGUAAACCCUUGACAGCAAGCAACUUCCUGCAUCAUAGGCCCUGUCCAGACUGAAAAAAUAAAUCUUUGAAAAUGGUUUAGCAAACAGACUUUACACUUAAGAGUAAAACUUUGUUUCCUUUUGAAGACCUGCUCAGUGGUCUUGGCUGGUCAUGGCCUCAAACUUCUGCUCAGGUUAUGUCUUGGUUCUGAAAUUUUUCCUUUGAACUGCCUACAUCUUCAACCUAUUUUUUUUCUUUUUUUUUUAAUCACUUUCAGAAUUUUAAGAGAUUAAAAAAAGUGGCAGUUUUUCCAUCUUUUAUGCAUCCUUUAUUUUUGACUUUUGAGGCAGACUAGAUUCUCAUUUUUAGACAGAAUUCCUUGCAGACAGAAUAUAAACAAUACCGGGAUUACCAAUGGCUAUCAGAACUCCCUUUGUAGUCAAAGGUGUAGACAGUCUGGGUUGACUGGCUAUAUUAGUGUGUACUUCUUUCUUUUCUUCUUUUUAAAAAAAAAAAAAAAAAGUUUUUGUCCUCUACUGUGGUGUAUUCAUUUUGAUGCGGUUGCUCUUUAAGAGGGGAGUACCUUUUCUGAGAAUUUCAGCUCCCAAAUUGUUCAUUAGUCUGACAACAGUCUUGCUUUGGUUUCACGUGGUCCUAUGCUAUAACCUUUAUUCCUACCGCAUACAAAUUCAUAUUCAGACUUUGCUUCAGCAAUAAAUGGUUCAUGCCUUCUGAUGUACUGAAACUAGUCUUUGCUUAUUGCUUGUCCCCCCUCCCUGGAUUUCAGUUAUAUAGAAAUCUGUUAUUUCGGCUGAAAUCUCCAGUUUAGUUUUAGUUGUCUCUCUUGGCCCUUCUGCAGAUUUCUGCAAAAUCUGCUUAAGGCCUAUUGCUUGUACUGCAAUGGUAUUGACAUCUGUGCGUUUGCAGUGGUGUUCCAGUUAAUGACAUGAUGUGCAGAAGUUUAGACAUGUUCUCCUAGAUACUGGUUCCAUAUUUGUGGGUAGCAAAGAAUUGCAUUGUUAGUGCUGCUACCCAAUAGCUUUCAAGAUGGUAGCUGCUUUUUUUUUUUUUUUUUAAUUACUGGAUCUUUUGCAUUUCACUGGCAACUGACUUCAUGUGUUACAUACAAGUGUUACUCAGUGUUGUGUCAUCCCCCAGCCCUCCAAAUGCCUGCAAAUUGACUCUUGAAACAGCAUUUUCAUUACAGGUACUGCUGGCAUGCAGAUUUUCCCUUCCUUGUUACUAUAGUGAAUAUUUCAAUACUUCUUUAACUGAAAUAUUAAUUCUAUCUAGUAUUAGAAAUAAAGUAUUAUUUCAGAGGGUGAUGAUUUAAGUAUUCAUCUGUGAAAGAAUUCCUUGGUGAUAAAUAAAAAUGAUUUUUAAGCAGAUAUACAUGUGCACAGUAAAUAAGUUGGCAUUGCAAAUGAUGUAGAAAAUGGAAACAUAAACCAGUAGAAUGCUGUGAAACAGAUCUGAACAUUACAGAUCUGGAAAAUUGAGUAAGUCUUCCAAGAAACACAGGACUGGUAUUCAUUGAUCAAAAUGACUGUUUUCUAAUAUCUGCAUGUGAAUAAGGAUGCUGAAUUGAUUGAAAUAAAUCCGUGUUUUCUCCAUGCUCCUUGGCAAAAUAAACUGUUGUGAGAGAGUAGGCUACCACCUGACCCUACUACGAUGAAAACUGUACUAAUUCUGAUAAAGAGAUAAAAAAAAACUUUGCAGGCUUCUCAAGUGUAAUUUUACUCUUUUUUUCUAGUGGUCAGAUGUGUAGAGAACCUGGUCUUUAGGCAGACCACUGCCUGUUACCUUACUGUGAAUGUAAACAAGUUGGAAAUGGAAAGGACAAAUUUUCACUGACCUAUGCUUUGCUGUGAAUGACACUGUUGAGAAUGUUUUCUUUGAUUGUGAGUCACUGUGUUCAACUGAUAUUUUAUUACUUUCUCAAACGGAUGAAAUGCACUUUAAAAACUGUAUAAUAGGCGAUACUGAUAUUUUGUGCAGAUCCCACUGAAUUUGCAGCAUACAUGGGAAGAUUUGGGAAACUUUGAUUCCCAUCAGUCACUCAAUUUUUCAUAGAAAUUCGAAUUAUUUUGUGUUCUGUUCAGAAGCAGCAGCUUCACAAUAUCUAGGUUGCUAUUUCUAUUAGAAUCAUCAGGGAUACUGACUUUGCAGAUUUAGUGUAUUAUAUUCUAGCCACUGUUUUUCUCUGUGCUAUGAUGCUAAUAUUUCCUCUGCUUUGGAGCCGUGCUGUUCUUGAGUGCCAGCUAGACAUUGAUCUUCUCAUGUUCUGGUCAUGCUGAUAGAUGAGCCUACUGAUGAGGGCAUUAGUCCUUUAAUAUUUGGUGUACAGUUAUGAUAAUCUGAUACAAACAUUGAUUAAAACAGCAGUUUAAACUUC